AUGGGGCCUGUUGGAGGGUCAGGCUCAAAGCGAGGGCCAAAACAGGGGGCCUUUGUGGCAGCUCCCGUUUGGAGGGAGCCUAACCAAAUAUGGUUUCCCAAAUCAAAAUCUCCAAGGAUUUGGAAAGGUACCAUUUUUUGUUCUGUAAAUAAUUUUAAUCAAAAACUCCAUGGAUUUGGGAAGGUACCAAUUCAGCAGCGGAUUGAAGCCCUAGAUUGGCUUCGUGCGCAGAGCCACCAGCUUCUUCCUCGAUGUUUCUUCUCUGGUCGCAAUCCAAGCAAUGUCGCCUGCAUUGAGAAUGGCAGCACUUCAACUGAGCAUCAGCACAAGCUUGUCAGUGUUGCCGGGAUAGGCUCUGCUGUCUUCUUUCGCCACCUCCAUCCAUUCUCGUUGGACGACUGGCGCGCCAUAAAAAGGUUCUUAUCCAAGAAGUGUCCACUGAUUCGUGCUUAUGGGGCUAUCCGCUUUGAUCCGAGGGCUAAUACGGCUUCUGAAUGGGAAGCUUUUGGUUCAUUUUAUUUCAUGAUUCCUCAGGUUGAAUUUGAUGAGUUUGAAGGAGGUUCAAUGAUUGCUGCGACGGUUGCAUGGGACAGUGCCCUGUCAUGGACAUAUAGAGAAGCAGUUUCUUCAGUCGAGACUACAAUAUGGCAGGUUUCUUCUGCUGUAAAGAAAUUAACUAAAGACACUCAUCAGGCUAUUGUGCUCAGCCAGACACAUAUUCCUAAUAAAAUAUCAUGGGAUUCAGCCGUCAGGCGAGCCUUGGACAUGAUAAAAAGAAAAAACUCAGUGCUGAUAAAGGUUGUACUUGCACGGAGCAGCAGAGUCCUGACUACAAUGGAUAUUGACCCUUUAAUGUGGCUGUCAUGCUUACAGAUUGAAGGGGACAAUUCCUAUGCCUUUUGUCUUCAGCCUCCUGAAUCGCCUGCAUUUAUUGGUAACACUCCAGAGCGACUAUUUUAUCGGGAUCGACUAAACAUUUCUAGCGAUGCUUUGGCUGGAACACGAGCAAGAGGUGGAUCAGAGUCUCUGGAUAUACAAAUAGGAAACGAUUUGCUUUACAGUCCUAAAGACCACCACGAGUUUACUGUAGUUCGGGAAUAUAUUAGAAGAAAACUAGAGACUGUAUGUUCCGGCAUAUUGAUUGAACCUGAAAAAGCUCUACGAAAACUUCCAAGAGUUCAACAUCUUUAUGCUCAAUUGACAGGGACACUGGAGAAAGAAGAUGAUGAGUUUAAGAUUUUGUCAUCCCUUCAUCCAACUCCAGCUGUUUGUGGGUUUCCAGCUAAAGAGGCACAGGUUUUAAUAGCAGAAACUGAAAUGUUUGACAGAGGAUUAUAUGCUGGGCCUGUUGGGUGGUUUGGUGGUGGGGAAAGUGAGUUUGCGGUGGGGAUAAGGUCAGCCUUGGUUGGUAAGGGCAUUGGUGCAUUGAUCUAUGCGGGAACUGGUAUAGUGGAAGGAAGUAAUUCUGCCCUGGAGUGGCAGGAACUGGAGCUGAAGACAUCACAGUUCACCAAAUUGAUGAAACCUGCACUUCUUUUGUCGAGGGGAGAAAAUAGAAUAGUAGUACAAAAAGUGGCAGAUCGCUAAGGAUAAGACACAAUGUCAAAUGCUGAUAAACAAAGUUAGGUCAGCUUCAAAUUUAUUUUUAGUCAAUUGUUAAGGAAAUAAGCUGUCGUUUUUUUUUAUUUUUUAUUUUCAUUUUCUUUUAGAUGGCUGGUUUCCAUUGUCUAUUAACAAUUAGUUAUAUAGAUUCCUAUGUUAGGUCCAUUGUUUUAAGUUAUACGUUACUUGUUCAUUUAUAUUUGUAGAAAAGUUGGGACGAUACCGGAAAUAGAUGUAAUAAAAUCAGACGCGUUCUUCC